GCAUCAGGUUUUGCGUUAAAGGACUGCGGUUUUAUGGUUGAGCGUCUAUUUAGUUAGCUGUUAAAUAUACACACUUUGGAUUUACAUGGCAGAAGUAUAACAAUGGUUGUGUAUUUAUAUAUCUGUCGGGGUUUCAAUAAAAGAAACAGUAAUUGUUAUAUUGAAUCGAAUGAAACGAAGCAUCAUCUAUGAUAAGUAGUGAUAACAUUUGAACCAAUAGUAACAACUGAUGAAUUGCAGCUGCUGUUCACAAACUCAAGUUGAAAAUAUUGGUCCUGCUGUGUCUGUACUCGAAGAAAACGUUGAAGAUGGCGAUAUAUUACAAGAAAUUGGAAAUGCUCAGUACACACUGGAGUUUCUUCGUCAAGUUAUUCAGCAAUCAACUAGGGUUAUUGAUGAAGCACCUCCAGCCUACGAAGAUUUUGAUAAAUAUCCUAGAUUAAGUAAAUAUCAGACUUCAUUGAAAAAUUCAACUCCGGUUAAACCAUGUACACAACAACCUCAACAAUUUUCACAGCUUGAUUCUAAUCAGCUUGUGAACUCAUCAACAGUUUCAUGGAUAGAACCAUUUCCGAAACCACAAGGUGAUCCACCACCUGCCUUUUUCAAUUGGCUUCGUAGUCGAUUUGGUUCUUUACGUCAAAGCAUUAUGAGUCGUUUAUCAAAUCAAAGUAACCAAUUACAAGGCUCAUCGGUUUUCAGCAUACAUAGUGAUUCUAAUUCUCCAGUUUUAUCAACUAUCAAUAUUUCUAGACCUGUUAGUCAUCCGGAACCAUCAAAUUCAGUGUCCCCUGCACAAUCAUCUGAGGUAGUAGAGCCAAAGCCUUUGGAAUUAAAUGAUUCAAAAAUAACACGUUCAUCAUCAUCAUCAUCUUUACAAUCCAGUGCAGUAUCAAUAGUUUAUGCAACUGAUGAACAGACUAUGAUAGGAGUAUCUACCAUAUCAUUGAAUUGUAACAGUAAUCAAAUAUCAGAUUCUAGUUGUGCAAAUGUACCUCAGAAAACUUUGAUAGUACGUGAUUUUGACACAGAACAAAUGCAUACAUGUCAAACGGAAUUACAAAAUGAUAGUUACGAUGUUGAUACUAACGAAAUCAAUCAGUCUACGACCCAUUCAUGAAUAAAAUUUUGUUGGUCACAAAAUGUAAGUAUCACUCAGUUGGUUUUUGGGAGAAUUUUGAAGAUUUACAUUUUUUUUCUAAGAAUGACAUUCGUAAAUAUUAUUUAUUUAAACACAUAAAUAUUGGUACAGGGGGACACCAUAUAUAUAUGCGUCACACAAACACAAUGAGAAUGGGAAGAGAAAAAAGAAGGUAAGGCGCGUAUAAGAAGAAAAAGAAAAGAACAGAUUACUGUAAAGUAGUGCAGUAAUAAUAAUAGUAAAAACAAUAAUGGGGGAAACGGAAAGGUACAACCGGAAGAAUUCUUCCAGUUAAGGAAGGUACAACCACUUUUUAUGGAGAAAGUAAAAAAAAGGUUACAGUAGGAUCGCCAAUGGCUUCUAUUUAGAGCCAUAUCUGAUAACGUCUCUAGCCACUGUGUCUCACCAUCUCUCGGACCGCAGCCAGGGAGUCGUGAAGGAUCGACAGAAACCAGCCCUUUGCAGCUUUCUUUCAUACCACGACACCAUGUCAUACAUUGACUACCUCUCCGCCUUUUCCAACCAGUCCCGGCGUCCGCAAAUAAUACACGACGUGGACGACAUUCGUAGAACAUGUCCAAGCCACUGAAGUCGGUGUUUCAAGAUGGUGACAAUAAUUAGAUUAUCUUCUCUGUGCUCGAACACACUAUGCCGAACCUCUGCAUUACUAACAUGGUGUUGCCACUGAAUGUCAGCAAUCCUUCAGUGACAACAAUGACCAAACACAGAGAGUCGUCUAAUAUCCUCAAAUCUGAGAUGCCAGGUUUCACAAGCAUAGAGCAAAACUGCUCUCACCGUCGCGUUGUAGAUCCGACCUUUUACAGACAGAGUGACAUCACGAAGGCGCAAGAAGAACAUUCAAUAUUUUAUGAUCUCAGUUUUUGAUUGUCCUUUCAUUUUCAUUACUCUCUGAGCUUAAGCUUUCAUCAGUGAGUUUAAAAUCUUUGGAUUUUAGAAUUUUCUUCUGAAGUGUAACAUUUGCAUGACUUUCAUCUUUGAUUCUAGAGAAUGCUUUGAAGAUAUGAGAAAUAACUACUGUAUUGCAGUCUUCACACACUUUGGUUUGCUCAUUUCUUUUACAGUUAAUAGAGAAACUUAAAUCCAAAUUAUAUAAAUAAAUUCUUCAAAUCCUACAUUAUUUGUAUGAUUUGCUUUAGCAUUUUUCAAAUUUAAGUA